UAAAAACAUUAAAUAUUUGGUCAAUUUUUUUUUUUAUCUUUUUGGUAGUAGGUAGUGUAUAAGGUAAAAUUUUAGACAGUGUGUGCCCCCUCCUAAAAAAAAUUCUGGAUACGCCACUGAUCGAUAUCGCCCCCCGCGCGCCGGAACGUAAUAAUAACGACAGAACACGCGUUUUCUUCGGCACCGAUGUGUUUAUGUUUGUACCCGCGUUGUUGCACACGUUCGACGCGUGUACGAGUCAAUCGUACACAUCAACGGUUCAUCAAUCGCAAAUCCAUUUCGUUUUCGUUCCCGUAAACUGCGGUUUCGGUUGAGCGCUUUUUUUUAUUUAUUUGUUUUUUGUCGACAGCUCAUUUGUAAUGUCAGCUUUUUGUACGCGGUCUUCGAAGCAGAGCUCUCGUUUUUAUCUCCCGUUUCUGGUUGUCCUGCACUCGAGCGCUUUUGUGGUUACUCGGUUUUUCACGAAAUCUGUCCGCUCUAAAAUAAUUCACCGUCAAACCCUACGCGUUAAAGACCACAAACAUAUCGAAAUCGGGGACGCUCUGUUUGUCUUUCUUUUUUUCGACUGUAGUAAAUAAGAUCAACACAAGCUGACCGACAACCCCUAGACGAACAAAGAUUACCUAAACUGUACGCUCAACACUCAAAACGGUCGAGAAUGGAUUUGAAGAAAUGGGCAAGUAACACAGUCGAACUACUCGCAACAGUGCCCCCUGAGGACCGGGCGUGUGAAUUGUUGUCGCUUGACGACUCAUCCUUGAGUGAAACGAAAGUAUUGGACAUGCAGUGGUCACCUAGAGAAGACACAUUUGCAUACACAUUCCACCCGUCACCGAUAAUGAACACGAAGCGUGGUAUGUUAUCUUGUGUCGCCCGCAUGUUCGACCCACUCGGGCUGUUAUCGCCCGUUAUAUUUUUCGCGAAGCAACUGUUGCAACGCGUGUGGCACGCUGGUUUAUCGUGGGACGAGCAGCUUCCGCCUGAAAUCGCCGAUUUGUGGAACAAAUUUAUUAUCCCAUUUUCAUUUAACCAUGGUACAUAAAAUGCUUUCAAAAAAAUCUGGUAAGUUAAAUGCAAC